GGAAAAUUUCUAAUAUUUGUUUCUUACAACGUACUGUGAAAAAAUAAAGACUAAUAUAAAAUAUUUAUUUCGCUUUAUUUGUGAGAAUAUCUUACUCUGUAAUGCAUCUUAGCGCGGAUAUUUCGAGCGCUUUACAGCAAAUAGAGGCCGUAAAAAGGGGAAUUGACGAGUCCGAUGAUGCGAAGCUUCAAUUGCAGACGGCUGACAGUCUCAAAACAAUAUUGGACAUACUACAAGAUCCCGUUUUCCGCACUAUAGUUCAUGUACAAGACUCGCUUUCAGAAUUGAAUGCACAGUUAGCGCAACACCCUUCAAUGUUACCAAAUGAUUUCGAUAUCGAUGUGGCUGGCAAUUUAGUUUUGAGCAUUAAUGGUGGGGAUGUGAUGUACGAUUUUUCAUCUACCCCACUGUCUCCUCAUUCAGGUCCCAGUAGCCCAGGGAGUGGUCAUUUGACGCCAUCAACAUUAACUGGAGUAAUUGAAUCAGAUGAACAAAGCCGUCCUCAAUCUCAGAAUUCCAAAGUAGCUGCAGACCUUUUCUCUGCCGAUUAUGCGCAAAUUCAGGCUAUCGAGCUGGUCAACGAUGGAACCGGGCUUGGAUUUGGCAUCAUUGGGGCUCGUUCUUCUGGUGUAACUGUAAAGACUAUCUUACCGGGAGGAGUCGCUGAUCGCGAUGGACGCUUGCGAUCAGGCGAUCACAUAUUACAGAUAGGUGACGUAAAUUUGCACGAUAUGGUAUCUGAACAAGUAGCAGCAGUGUUGCGACAAUCUGGUACGCAUGUUCGUCUUGUAGUUGCGCGACCCAUGGAGCACGCUUCUCCGAGUCAAUUCUCACUAGAACCAGGAAGUGCUAUUGUGCCUACCCGUGUGCUAGUAGACCCAGUUGAAUUAGAGCGCUAUUUAAUUUCUACUGGGUAUCCGGAAAUAUUUGGUGAAAGCUCUACAGCGUCUACACCGCAAACAACUACAGAAGAUGACCGAUUUGUUUACCGCUCCGAAGACAUUUCUAAACGCCCUCCUAUGGCUGUUCCUACCAUAGAUUUUGAUGAUUUAUUGGCUCUUCCGGAAACUGAAAAACUUCAAGUUGAAUUGACUAAAGACAUAAAUGGUCUAGGCAUUACCAUUGCCGGCUAUGUUUGUGAGAAAGAAGAACUAUCAGGAAUAUUCGUAAAGAGUGUAUCGCCAGGCUCGGCAGCCGACAUGAGUGGGCGUAUAAGAGUGAACGACCGCAUUAUUGAAGUAGACGGUCAAUCUUUGCAAGGCUUCUCUAAUCAUCAGGCGGUAGAAUUGCUCAAAAAAUCAGGCCAGGUUGUUAACCUACGCUUGGAGCGUUACUUACGUGGCCCAAAGUAUGAACAAUUACAACAGGCCAUUGCUGCAAAUGAUAAGGUACCAAGCGUACCAACAACGCCUUCACGAAUUAAUAUGCCUUCUCCAAUUACAUCAAUCUCAUCACAGCGAUCGUCGUCAAUGCCUAAAGCAUUAUCGCCAACACAUGCUAGGGAAGAGAUACGGAACUUUACUUUGGAUCGCCUUACCAAUAUAUCUCCGGUCUCGGUACCGGAUGCAUUUGCAGGUGUUACGCCGGCAGCUUCUUCGUCUGAGCCAACUACUAAUUUGAGUAGUUUUGGUUCCGGUAAGAAAGUUAUAUCAGUGCGGGACUCUAUCGAUGGCACUCCUAAGAUCAUACCUACAGAUGUUUCAUUCACUACGAUGGCUAAAUUGGAGAGUGAGCUAACUGGAGUAGAGACAACAAUGCAGGCAAAGAAUACACCUUUAAUAUCGCGUCACAAAUACUAUGCUGCCGCUGAACUAAAUGCAGAAGUUGAGCAAGAGAUUAAAAGCAAGUGGACAAAGAUUGUCGGUCCAGACGUAGACGUUAUAGUUGCCCAGAUAAAAAAGUUCGCUGUAGGUGGCUUGGGAAUAUCAUUGGAGGGAACUGUCGACGUGGAGGGUGGGCGAGAAGUUCGUCCCCAUCAUUACAUUCGUUCCAUUUUGGCUGAUGGACCUGUAGGUGUGAAUGGUGUUCUUCGAUCAGGUGAUGAACUUUUGGAAGUGAACGGUGAACGUUUACUUGGUAUGAAUCAUUUGGAAGUGGUGGCUAUUCUAAAGGAAUUACCCCAGGACGUACGCAUGGUUUGCGGGAGAGGCAAGAAUGCUUUAAUGCCAUUUUCGGAUGAUACCCUUAAGAAAUUGAGCAGCAAUUUCGAGAAUUUGUUACCAACCGCUGAUCGACUGGUGAAAGCCAAAUCCGAUGGCAGCCUGGCCACUGCUGGUUCGGUCAACGACGACUCGUUUAACAAGUUAAAAUCACGCUCAUUAGAGCCACUUACAGGCUUGGCAAUGUGGUCGUCCGAGCCUCAGAUAAUUGAAUUGGUCAAGGGCGAUCGCGGUUUGGGCUUCUCCAUAUUGGAUUAUCAGGAUCCGUUAGAUUCCAACGACACACUGAUAGUAAUUCGUUCUUUAGUGCCUGGGGGAGUGGCACAAAUGGAUGGACGUCUAAUACCUGGUGACCGUUUACUGUUUGUAAAUUCGAUAAAUCUGGAAAAUGCUUCUUUGGAUCAAGCAGUUCAAGCACUAAAAGGUGCACCAAAAGGAGUGGUCCGUAUUGGUGUUGCUAAACCAUUACCAAUGACAGAUAAUUCGUUAAAAAGCAUUAACAGUAAUAGCAUAAAAUCAAAAGGUGACGGCGCAUCUAUGGAUACCAGCGCAUUGAGUGUUAGCGAAAAUGCGUCUAUGCAAUUAAGUAAUGCCUCCACCACGUUUGUUGAACCAGACUUGAUAACAGAUUGGCGAAAAUAAGUUGCGUGAAAUUUCAGAAAUCAAUAAUAACUUCAAGGGUGUUCUACAUACAUUUAUGCACCAUAGCGUAUUCAAAAGUACGAUUAUUUAGAAUUAGACAUUAUACGUAUACAUAUAAAUUAAUUCUUAUGAUGAUAUUUGAUAACGAAUACUUUAAAUCUAGCAUCUCUAUUUAAAAUAUUCUUUGCAGAAAGAAAAGAAACCAAGAUUAUGACCAAUUGAGCUUAUCAAUAUAUUUUACUGUUAUAUUUAUUAAUCUCCGUUCUCUUUUCCGUCUAACGUUUUUCUUAUUUCUUGUUAUUGAUGGAAGUGCAUGCACCUACUGAAUACAUGCGUCGAAAAAUAUAUUGUUUGGAUUUUAUUAAGGGGAUAAGCAGAAAAAAUUAAUGAAGAGCUAAGAAAUGAUUGCAAAGAGAUGAAAAUAAAAUGAAAAAAUGUAUAAUAUUUAGAAGGUCUAAAUGUAUACUUUAUGCAUUCCAAUAACAAUAAAUGCUCGUUUCCAGAA